UCUGAUUAUCUAUCUCGAUGUUUCCUUCGUCUUCCUUUCUUAUAUAAGAUCAAAUAAUUGUGCUGGUUCUGAAGAGAAAAAGAAUGGCGUGUUUACACGAUCAUAGCUGCGAAGAACACGAUUGCUCAGCUAAUUGGUCUCUCUACAAAUACAUAGACCUUCCUAAAGUAUCCGCGCUAAAUGAAGCAGUUCCGGGAAGCGUAAAGUCAGUUUUCAAAGCUUGGGAGCAGCGUCUAGAUUUCUCAGGGGAACACUUGGUAAGUAAUGAUGGUGAUCCUGAGUUACUUCUUUAUAUCCCAUUUUCGCCUGAUGUUAAGAUCAAGAGCAUUGCAAUUGUUGGUGGUCCUGAUGGAACGAGUCCUUCAAAGAUGAGAGCGUUUGUUAAUCGAGAAAGCAUAGACUUCUCAGAUGCUCAAACUAUGCAAGCUAUUCAGGAGUGGGAUUUGGUUGAGAACUUUCAAGGAGUGUUAGAGUACCAGACAAGGUAUGCCAAAUUUCAAGGUGUGUCAAGUAUCACAUUGCAUUUCCCUGAGAGUUUUGGUGGUGACACAAGCCGUAUACACUAUAUUGGCUUUAAAGGUGAAGCCACCCAGCUGAAGAGGGAUGUGGUUUCAACAAUUGUCUAUGAACUCAGACCCAAUCCUUCAGAGCACAAGAUACGCAAUAUUUUGGAUGGUACAUUAGGUAUUGAUAAAUGAGGAUCGAAGAACUAGAGAUGUGUUUAUGUUUCUUGACAAGGAAUGGAUUAAAACCUCUUAUGUACAGUCAUGACAGAAUGAUGCUAAUCUUUACUGUUCUGAACCCCUUUGUAGUACCGAUUUUACUUUUCCCCUCUUCUUGAGUAGAACACUUUUAUUUUAUCCUAGUUUAGUGACUUGUGUUUGGAUUAUCUAAGUUUUGCUUUGGCAAUAAUGUCAAGAAAGAAAACUUAAACAUACAAAUUCGUAAAUUUAUACUGAAGCUAGUUUUUGAGUUUGAA